UCUUUUCGUUUCUGCUUUUGGUAUCGGAGAAGACGAACGAGAGAAGCAGCUUGGAUUCUGCUUGUGCGGAAGUGGCUCGAGCUGCUGACGAAAACGAGAAUCGCACUUUUCGCUGCAGAACACAACGGUUGGAAAAUUAGUCGGAAACGGCAGCGGCUACAGAAAAUUGGAAUACUGCAAGCUGUUGUGUUUUUGUUUGUGUGUGUGUGUUCUCGCAGAAUAACGCAAGAGAAGAAUCGGGAGCACUAGCGCUACGGGAGAAAUUAUACGUGGUUGCUCCUCGCUUUCUACGUGGCUUGGGAACGGGACGGGAUUGCGUUGUUUCUGCAGAAUCAUUCUGGAUUUCGUCAUUUUUUUCCAAUCUGAUAAUGUUUCUUUUCUGGGUUCCUUUUGUAGCUGGAAUAAUAUUGGAGCAAACGAAAAGUAGUGGGAGUGAAUUCUAAACGCGGAUGAAUCAUUCAUGCUCUUUGUACGAAUACAAUGUAAACAAAAUUUAAUUUGAAGAAGCAUAAAAAUAAUAGAAGUAGUGAUCAGCAGCAGCAGGAAGACGGGAAGAAAGUAGUGAUCCGUGGAGAAGAAAUUUUCCACUUGCAGAAAUAUUAUUAACAAGUGAGUUCGAAUUGAAAGUGCAUCAUCAUCAAGAUUGGCAAAUGUGUGCUGUUGCGGUUUGCAAUUUGUUUGGAUUAAUAGCCGGGAAACGGCUGGGAAGAGCGCAGACAGCGUACGGAACACGUCGGCAUACAUAAAUCGAUCGUCUUACAUCGAUUAGAUAUACGCUGAGAAGCUAACGGCAAACUGAUAACAAAGACCCUUAAUUAUGGACGAUGAAGAUGAAACCGCAGUGGCUCCAGUAGACGACACCCACAAAGCUGCCAACCAGUCCCAGGAAGAUGAAGUGAAUAAUGCUGAUGCACCCUCGAAGGAUGCAGCCACCCCACAAACAGUGGAAGCCUCUGCGGAGGCAACCGACAGUGAUCCACCAUCAUCUGAACCAUCCAGUAUCCCAGUUACUCAAGAAGAGAAAGACGAACCAGAAGAAUCACGUGAACCACGCGCGGAAACGAGUGCCGCUGAAAGCGAUAACGAACCAGAAGAAAGUCCAAAACAGUUGGGCGAGGAAUCCGCUGUUGGCAGUCCAUCAGCAGAAUCACUUGAUUCUAACGCAUUUGAAGCGACGACAGUGCAAGAUGAGGCUGCCUCUAUCGAGGAAAACGGCACCGUGGAGCAAGAACAGGAGGACGAAGAAAAACGAGAACAACUGCCAUCUCAAUCUGAAGAGGAUCAACCCAACGAACAGGAAUCGUACACAGACGAACCUGAACUUAUGGAAGAAGAGGAGGAGAAUGAGGAGAAACAGGAGACACCAGUGCAGGACACAGGAACUCUGAUCGACGAAGACGACGAACAAACUAAAGAGAAGGAGUGCAACAAAGAGCCAGAAGAGGUUGCCACAACAAGCUUUAUAAAACAUAAAGUGAAUGGAAUUUUGACGAAUGAAUCGUUGACGCUGGCUCCUAACGAUGAACAAAAGGAAGACGGUGGAGGAACGACUAAAGUACAGAGUGAAGAAAUCGACGAGAGUCAAGAGAGUUUGCGUGACGAAGCGACCGAACAGAGAAUGGAUGAAGCAACAAGCGAUGAGGAAGCUCGAGAAGAAAAUGUAGAACGUGAAAUUGCGAAAGACAGUACCGAUAUUGACGAUGAGCAGGGAGAGGACAUGGAAUGCGAUGAGGCAGUAGAUGAUGACAAUUCACCAGUGAACAUGAAAAGUGAUCAAACAGAAUGUAACGAUGAGUCAAGUCAAGGAGAAAGAGAAGUUCAAUCACCACAGCCGUUGGAACGACGAUUAGAGGAAGGCGAAGAGGAACGUCAACUAGAAUACCAGAGAGACGAUGUGUCAAGUCCUGAAGAUAGCGAAGAUCAACAACUGUUAGGAACCGAUGAAGAAGAAGAACAAGUGGAGAGUAAAGGAGUAGUAACCGAAACGCCUUUGGACAGUCAUACCCAAGAUGAUGAAAGUAGUUCGUUAGAGCCCCGAGUUAACGGCAACGUAUCUCACGACGAAGACGAAGAGGGCCACGAGAUAGAAGACUUUGAAGAGCCAGAAUCGUCCGGUCUUAAGCGGCCACGAUCGGUGAGUCCAGCGGUGAGCAACGGAGAAGUACAAGAACCCUUCAGUAAACAGUUGAGGUUAAGCGAAAGUUGUCAGGAAGAGGCAAAACCGCCGGAUCCGGAGAAAGAGCAUUCGGCUCCGGUUUCUACAGCAGUAAAUGUCGUCACUCACAAAGGUGGUUACGAAACUGAAUUGCUUCUGGAAAGUGGCAAACUGGAUCAAUCAAUCGAUUCGGGAAAAUCCUCCCUGGGUGAUAGUAACGAACCGGAAGAGGAUGCUGCCGUAAUCGCUGCUGGACUGAUACCACCGGAGGAAACAGUUCAAGCAGAUCCACAGUCAGUUGGAGCAGACAACGUAGAAGACGACGAUGUGGAUGACGACAAAUCGAGUAGCUCAAGUUCGUCCAGUUCGUCGAGCUCUAGUUCCGAUUCGGACAGUUCGGAUGAUGAGCAGGAAGAUGAUCCCAAAGAGGAUGAGAACAAUAAGCGAGAAUCUGAGCAACAGGAUCAGCUAGAUGUAGAACAGGCGAAGCAACCCGACGAGAAGAAGGCCGUUGAGCAGGAGGAAAACGAUAGCCCACCUCGGCUGGAAAUCGAUUCACCUUCGGAAGAAGAGGAAGAUGACGAAGAGGAAGAGGAUGAGGAAGAGGCCAAAAUUACCAGAAGUGAAGGACUGAAGUUGUCCAUCUCUCUGAAGCGACCACCCGCUGAUGAAAAGCCUAGAGAGGAACAGGAAGAACAGCUUCCUCCGGUAAUUCAACCGGUAAUUCCUCAGGCCCAACCGCAGCCUGUAGAUUUUAGUAACUUCUUUAACCAAGAAAAGCUUUUAGUCGAUCGACCGGAACUGAUUAAGAUCGACUACAACAGCAAGCCGGAAGUGCACAACAUCAGCGAUCAGGUGCAGCAAGAAAUGGAAAGCAGUUCGCUUCCAGCAAAACCUAUACCAACAGGAGGCUUCAGUUUACUAAACAAUCAAUUGAAGACUAACUACGUGGGAGUUGAUUCAACAGAUUUUCUAAUGGACGAAUCAUCCGACACAUUGGAUGAAGAAAAUCGGUUAGUGAUAGCAGAAAAACAGCGAAGAGGUAGAAAGAAGGACAGUUCCCCAGUGAAACAACAGCAGCUGCACCUACAGCAAACUUGGCAGCAACAACAUGCUCUGUACGGAGGACCCCAUCAACUGGGAAUUCCAAAUCGCAAUGUGAUGGCACCUAAAUCGAAUGCCAAACGACCUCAACAGCAGCAACGGUUGCAGCAGUCGCUUAUGAAGUCGAUGUUGGCCAGCAGUAAGCUACCUCAAAUGCAUCUUCCUGUCCCUCCCCCAAUCCCACCUCAAAUACCUCCUCAAUCAGCUCAGCAGUCGUUGCUAUUGCAUCAUCAGCCACAGCUACAGCCCCAGUUGCCUUCUCAGCAACUGCCCCAACAGCAAUUUCCUCCACAGCAAGCAGAGAAGAAAAAGGACAAAAAGAAGGUGUUCCUCUGUUCUCCUUGUGGAACCCACUACGAGAACUGGAAUCUCUUCAAGCAUAUGCGAGAAGUGCACAAGAAGUACAUUUGCUUGUAUUGCUUGGGCAUCUUCCAGAGUGCCGAUAAGUUGGUGAAUCAUCUGGAAGCCAAACAUCAGGUGCGAAAAAAGCACGUGGCCAGCAUUGACGAGUAUCAACAACAACAGCAGCAGCAAAACAUGGACAUCAGCAAACCGCUGUACCUAAUGUGUGCUCGCUGUGAGCAUAUUUUCGAAAAGUCGCCUUCCAACAAUGGGGAUGCAAUCGUACAGCACGACUGUGCUGAUUACCUGGAGCGAUGCGGAAAUUGUGGCGACCUUAAACAGUCCAAGCAUAAAUGCGAGAAGAAAGCGGAGAUCCCGCUCGACCCAGCCAGACUAUUCAGCAACAACAGUUUUAGUUCAGGUAACAAUAUACAUAGUAGCGUUAAAUUUAAUCUUAACCACAACUACGACGGCAGUAGUGCUAGUAGUAAUUCAACGGCUGUGAUGUUUAAUUAUGAUAAUCCUACGACUAACGGAAAUGGUACUCUCGACAAACUGUAUCAAGCGAAUAGUCUGGCUGGAGCAGGUCCGCCGGCCCCUCAGAAUCGAAAGUCGCAGAACAAAAAGUUGAAACUGUCCCAACCGCAACAGCAAGAGCAGUUCCAACGUUUCAACAGUCCAAUCCUACAAUCCCAGCUCAUGAAGCCGCUGGAAGCUCCCGUGCAGCUACCCGCUCCAGUUUCCUAUCCAGCCGAGGUACUGCAGCAUCAGCAACCAAGCUACGUGCUGCAGCACCCACCUUCUCAACUCAACUUCAAUCAAAACACCACCACUACUCUGUCGACCAUACCGGCCAGUUUGCUAAACGUCCAGGAACCUCCCACGGAGCUUCCGCCGGUGCCAACAGAGUUGCCCCCGUCGGUGAUGCUAGCACAGCAGCAGCAGCAGCAGCAACAGCAACAGCAACAAGAACAGAAAGCAGACGAGCAGCAGCAUCGGCCGCCGCUGGUGCCAAAAUUGAAGGUGAAGAUUCCGAAACAGUACUGCACACCGAUUGAGAGCGAAGAAUCCUCCACGGAAAGUGACUACGAAGACGAGGAAGCUGAGGAAGAGGAGGAGGAGGAUGAUGACGAGGAAGAAGAGGAACAGCAACAACACGGGAAAGAUGACAAAUUGAAGACCAAUGAGGUACAGGUGCAUCCCCCAGUUUCGGAAACCCAGCAGCAGGAAGCCGCCCCCUUCCCAACCGCACGAAUCGAAGAUGACGUCAAGCUCGAUCCGGUCGAAAUGGACAUCGAAGAGGAAGGCGAUCGUCAGCCGGUCAGUUUGCCGCCGGAAAUGGGUCCCGCUCCGAUGCCGGAACAUCAUCGGCAACCACCGGAGGCGAUGGCGGUGGAUGAUGAACCGCCGCCACAAGCAGCCACACUUUCGCCAGAAUCUGAAAUCUCACCCCCAGAAGCAGCACAACAACAGCAACUGGCGCCAUCACCGUCGCCACCAACGCCUCCGCCAUCGGAUGGCAUCGUGAUAGCGGACGAGGAUGCCCAGCUCUUUGAACUGACACUGGAUGAACCGCUGGAUAAGAUCCACAUACGCGAGUUUAUCAAAAUUUGUCUGCGAGCGACGGUUCCGUUCUGUUUGUACUGUAACCACGCGAGGCGAAUCGCGGUGAAUGGGAAAUACUUGGCACUACAUUUGGUUGCGACGCAUCGCUUCCAGGCGACGGUUAACAGCAUCACGGCGGAGGAACUUCUACCGGCCACGAUCGUCCAGAGGUUUAAGUCCAACUUGGACGAACUGGAACCGCUGCACUUCAAUCUGGAGACGUUCGAUUCGAGUUGGACACUGGAGGAGAAGGCCGUUACCUAUCCGAAGCAGUUUGAGUGCUUCCAGUGUAGGUUCAUAACGAAGAUACAUAAGGAACUGUACCUGCAUAACCGCAAGAUGCAUCAAAAGUCGGUGCUGAUAUGUUUGAUGUGUCGGACAAACUUUUUCAGCUACAGCGAACUGCUUUGCCACAUGUGCCCGGGGGCACCGAAUCGACAGAGUAUCUUGGAUUAUAGUUUCCGGUGUUGUUCGUGCAACAUUGAUGGGAUCCCGUCGGCGUUCCGAUUGAUGGUUCACUUGAGGAAGCGUCACUUUGCUUGCGACGUGUGCUUGGAGCAGUGCGUCGAACAGGGUGCGCUGUCGAAUCACGUGUGGAAGCACAAACUGCACCAUCUGUGCUAUCGGUGUGGAAUUGCGUACCGAAACAAGGCGGAUAUUUUGAAGCAUCUGUUCUGGAAACACGGUACUGAGGGGGUGGUUUGCAAACGAUGUCUGCAGAAGAAGUGGCCACAUGUGUAUCAUUUCUGCGUUCCUCCUGCGCAGUUUAUUUGCGAGGUUUGUCAAACGGGCUUCCGGAAGUCGUUGGCAUUGAAGGUUCACCAGCGGUUGCACAACGGAGAGGAUAAGUAUCCUUGCACUGAGGAUGGUUGCGAGAAGAAGUUCAUAUCGAAAAAGUUGCUGCUGAAGCACGUGCAAAGGCACUAUGAGCCUCCACCACCACCACCGUCUCCCCCAAAACCGAAGGAACCUACGCCAGAGCCGGUACUACCUGCGGCCAAACCGAAGGAGGAAGAAAGUGAAAAGAUCAAAGAGGAGGUGAAGGACGAAGGAGAGGAAAGUAAAAUUAAGGCAGAGGUGAAAGUGGAGAACGCCGAGGAGGCUAAGGGAAGUACGGAAACUCCUAGAAAGAAGAAGAAGAAGCGUUCAAAGGAGGACCAGGAGAAGUCCUUGGUAGAUCUGAUGAAUUUGCCGGCGUUGAAUUUGUCCGAGAGCGAUAGCAGUGACGAUUCGGAUGCAGAUCAUUCGAAUGCCAGCAGUCGUAAAUUCCCAUCUGCUCCAGGGACAUGCAAAGAUGAAAACUCCGGUGACGAAGCGCUGUCCGACCUGAAGAAGGAGGAAGUCAAAUUGGAGGAAGAGGACGGUGAAGCGGAGAAGGUUGGAUCUGAGGAGAUUGUGAAUAUUUGGAACAACUUCAAAAACUAUCAGGCCAGCCGAACAAACAGUCGACGACCUUCGCUGUCGGACGAAGUGAUGACCGAGGAACAGUUUGUGGAGAAGAUGCUGAAAAGUAAGAUACUACAUGUGUCCCAAUCGGAUCAUGACUACUGCCUGAUGUACAAGAAGAUCUAUCCGGAGGUGAAGGCCAGCGAAAUCGGGGAGACGAUUGUAAUCGAUGAUGAUGGCAAUCUGGAGAAAGGUAAGCAGCAAGCAUCGUUGCUGAAGUCUGGUGCUCGAGUGGGAAGCCCUUCGAAGAAACAGAAAUCUCCGAGGAAGCGGAAAGCUUCCAAGAGUGGAUCGGACUCAUCAUCCAGCGGCAGUGGAAGCGAUUCGGACUCGAGCUGCGAAUGUGGAUCAAACUGUAGUUGUAGCUCUAGCAGUUCCGGAAGCAGCAGUUCCAGUUCGGACGAUUCGGAUAGCUCGGAUGAGAAUACUACAAAGAAGAAGAAAAAGGCAGCGGAGAAGAAGGAGAAAGAUAGUCAUCUGAAGCAAACGAUGGCAGAGGAACCGGUGGUACCUGUGGAAGAGGAAAUACUUGUGGAGCCACCGGAGCCCAUCGACCCGGACACUAUAAUUCACGAAUCAGACCUGGAAACGGACGAAUCGGAAACGGACGAGGAGUUUUAUGACGAACAUCCUCAAAAGUUGGCCAAUCAGAUGCUGGCGGAGAAACGGCGUCAGCUUAUGCAGCAAACCUGUAUGAGUCCGAUGAAUAGCUUUGGUAUUGUCGAGAAUAGUCGUCCGUCAACUCCUUCCUUGCCGGAAGAAAUGGUCGCCAAAAAGAAAGUCAAGUUGAAGAAGAGGAAACGAGAGCGUAAGCUGACUAAGAAAACUCCUCCUCCACCUUUGGAACCAAUUUACAACAUUCCUCCUGCAUUGAAUCUGAACCAUGUGGAUCAGUUCUCACCUGCCCUAGUUCCUCUGGCAACUCCGCUGACGGCGCCACCAAUAUUGCAUUCAGUAGAAAGCCCACUAACUUCCGGUGUCCCCGAUCAUUCACCAACUCCAGGGUCAGCUUCCAAAGCUCUCACGCCACGGCUCAGCACCGGGAACAGUUCCGAAUCUGAUGCGCCACUCAAGCGUUCUCAGCGCAGCCGAAAACCGAACAAAUUCUACGGUUACACUAGCGACGACGAAGGACCCCCUAUGAUGACCCCGCUGGUGUCGAAGAACCCGGAGAAAUCGAUUCUCUCCGUCAUGAAACCUACUCCACCGCCCAAUUUAGUGUGGAGCAAAGAGGAUCUACCUUCGCCUCCAAGUUUAAAAAUAAAAUCCUCUAAAGUGAAACAACCCGAUCCCAGUACACCAGUUACCUCGCGAGGACCUCCAGCGAUCGCUCUACUCCAGCAGCAACCAUCACCGCACCAUCCGCCACGAGUGGAUCCAUCGCGGAUCCCUACCGUUCCAGUGCACCAUCUAAUUCCUAGCCCUCUGAGCACCCCGCUGCACAACGACGCCGACAGCGAUUCAAGCCAGGAAGGCACCCUUCAAAUCAGUCAAAAACCCACCAAAACAACUCCUCAUCGUCCACUACCACCGCUCCCGAAGCUCAAGCUUUCCGUACCGAAAAAGACCCCUGGCGGUUCUCGGGGUACACCGAAAACUCCCGGUUCCCGAAAACGAGCACCCCCCAAGCCCAAAACUCCAAAGUCCGCUCCUCCGAUUCCGUCUACCGCAGUUCGUGCUCAAAUCCCCCCCAACUUCCCUCCAGCUCCAGCUUCCGCUGCUCCGUUCCAGCCGCCCAUCGUCGCUCCAGCAAUCCCGAAAGUUCCGCCACUCGGUUCCUUCCCCAGCAUACAGUCGGAGUUCUUCCCCGCCAACCAGAUCCGCAUUCCGGCCGGAUGGCGCCCACCGCGCGAGGGCGAAUCCGUUUACUGCUACUGCCGCUGCCCGUACGACGAGGUAUCGGAAAUGAUUGCUUGCGACGGAGACAACUGUCGGAUCGAGUGGUUCCACUUUGAGUGCGUGGGCAUCAUCAUGCCACCCAAGGGCAAAUGGUUCUGUCCGGAGUGCAAGUUGAAACAGCAGUCGUCGGCGGGCGGUGGAGCACCGAUCGCUACUAAUGUGGAACUACAGGACGAUUUGCUGGAUUCGAACUAGAUUGGCGUUUGUUGACUUAUUCAUGUUUGGCAAAACAGUUCAACCGAUGGGUGUUGCAAAUAGUACACAAGUUACUUAAAUGGCGACAAGCGAUGGUGACCGGCAGAAAUAAUGUUAGUUCCGAGCUCGUAUGGUUUAGUUUGAGAGAAAUAAUGGCGUAUCUGUAUAGCAUAGAAUAGUUUCCUAGUGCUACUUGCAAGUAAAUAUAGAUACAUACAAAAAUACUGUAAACUUAUGAAAAUUAAACACACAAGAACAUUUACAGUAGUCUAACGAUUAUGAUUCAGAAUUCUCCAGAAAGAGAAAUAUCUAGAUGUAGAAACAUAAUGGAAUAAUCUAAUUUUGAAACGCUUAUUUUUGUGAAAAAUACAUCAAACACACAUAGAAAGGAGAGAAUCAUUUGUUUAGAUAGUUAUUUCAUCCUUAGUUUUACGCUAUACAACUAGUUAUGUAAAAUAAUAGAUUUAGCUGCGCAGUAAGCAAACACAAACAUAAAAAAUCGUAGGACUUACCCGGAGUACAGAACAAUAGUAGUAGUGUGUGCCAGUAGAGUUGUAUUUUUGUAUAGGUUUUUCUAUUUUUUUUUUGUAUCGCGAGUACGAUUAUUUUUUUUAUGAUUUCCUCUUUGAUGGAUGUGUUUGUUUGAAGAAAAGCGACACGCGUGUAGUGUUUUGUUUUUUUAACUACCCACAUUACAUUUACGCAAACCAAUGAGUAUAAACCACACAUACACACACACAUAUACCUUAAAACGAACACGCUUGAGAAAUACAGUUUGAAAAACUUGUCUCCAUCUUUUGCAUCUAUGCAACAUUUAAACAUUUAUCGACGUUCACACAUACACACAAAUAGUACAGUUGUGUUUAGGAAAUCCUGCAUGCGCAAAGUGUUGUUAAGAAUACAAAAAAAGGUAAACAGUAGAUUUACGGCUUUCAGCAUCGUUCGUAUGUGUGAUGAUGGUUGGAGUCGAGCCCCGGAAGAGCCGCGCCACGGUCAUCAUAUUGUAGUAGUGAGAGAAGAAACAAAUCUGACCUUAUGAUUUAAAGUUUUCCUAAACUAAUCUAUCAAGCAUUAUUGGAGGCAGGUGAUGUGUGAAAAUUUAACGGAAAUAUUAAAUAAUGUGGUAAAAUAUGGCAUAUUGAAUAAAACGUAAAUAAACCCUUCACCGAAAGAUGACUGUGGAACAACAGAAUUUACUGGUAAAGUGUAACGUUUAACGAAAAAUUUCUGCAAAAAUAUACCUACCAACAACACAUAGUCAGACUAAUGUUGACGCUAAUGGAAAAGUAA